UGUCCUCUCCAUCAAAGUCAAAGCUCUGCCCCAGAAGAACCCCCAAAGCCAUGUUCCACUCCUCCUCCUCCUCCUCCUCCUCCCCCUCCCCCUCCUGUGGCGACCCCUACCGCCUCCCCGUGGUCUGCUGCCCCGCCGCCCCCCCUCAAGCCUUGUACGACGCGGGCGGCUCCCAUCCUCUUCUCUUCUCCUCUUCUCCGCCCUAUUCGUCUUCUCUUCCUUCUUAUUAUUAUCAUCAUCUCCCCAGGAGCAGCAGCACUCACUCCCUCUCUCUCCCCCACGGCAUUCCCGACCUCUCCAACCAGCAACACUUCUUCUCCUACCCCCAGCAUCACCACCACCACCACCCGCCGCAGCCGCCGCCGCAGCCGCCGCAGCCAUCGUCGUCCCCAUCCUCCUCCUCCGGCGACUACCUGGACUUCAACGCCGGCCCCGUCAGGCGGGUCUUCAGCACCGGCGACCUCCAGGGGAUGAACGGGAUGCAAGCGUCCGGCGACAAUUACAACCAGGAAGGCACGGCGAUACCAGGGAGGGUCGGGCGUUACAGCGCCGAGGAGCGCAAGGAGAGGAUCGAGAGGUACCGAAGCAAGCGCAACCAGAGGAAUUUCCACAAGAAGAUCACUUAUGCAUGCAGGAAGACGCUGGCUGACAGCCGGCCGAGAGUUCGGGGCCGGUUCGCAAGGAAUGGCGAGACCGAGACAGAAACAGAGCCGGAAGUUGAAGCAGAGGUCACGGAGAACAACCACGAUCGUUACAGCAGCUACAACAACUAUGAGCAAACUCCGAUCGCUGGAGGCGGCGUCAACGGCGACGGAGACUGGUGGAGGCAAAUGCAGGCGGCGCUGGCGACUGAGGUGGAAGAGGAGUGCUAUUAUGACGAGGAGCUCUGGGCCAACUUUUCCGACAUCUCCUCCGUGAACCUUCCCUCCUAAAAGUUAUCCAAGUGGGGGGAGAGAGAGCGAGAGCGAGAGAGAAGUGGUGGAUUAGUUAGGUGUAGUAGCAGAAGAAGCACGAGUAACAGUAGUACUUGUCUGCGGGCCUGUAACCAUAAACAAGUGACAGCAGAGGGACAGUUCGGGUCAGACUUGGGACUGGCGUCGCUUACCUUCCUUUCUCUUCUUCUGAGUUCCUUCCAUGAAGCUUAAAGAAUUCUAAAAAUCUAAAUUAAGUGGACGUUACUUUUAUUUUAAUUCCA